AUGGCAACUGAAUUGACUGUUCAAUCUGAAAGAGCUUUCCAAAAGCAACAACAUAUUUUCACCAACCCAAAGGCUAAGGCUAACAGAAAAGCCAAGAGAUGGUAUAAAGAUGUCGGAUUAGGUUUCAAGACCCCAUCCGCUGCCAUUAAAGGUUCAUACAUUGACAAGAAAUGUCCUUUUGUUGGAACUGUUUCCAUUAGAGGUAAGAUUUUGUCAGGAACCGUUGUUUCAACCAAGAUGCACAGAACCAUCAUUAUCAGAAGAGAUUACUUGCAUUAUGUUCCAAAAUAUAACAGAUAUGAAAAGAGACACAAGAAUGUUGCUGCUCAUGUCUCACCAGCUUUCAGAGUUGCUGAAGGUGACGUUGUCACCGUUGGUCAAUGUAGACCAAUCUCCAAAACUGUUAGAUUUAAUGUUUUGAAGGUUACUGCUUCAUCUUCAAAAACAAAAUCUUUCUCCAAGUUUUAA